CAGGCUACGUGACGGCUGGUACGGAGGACCUAUUUCCUGCAAAUCUUCCGGGUUCACCAUGAUUCGUAAUAAGGAGGGAUUAUUUAUUUAGGUUUAUGAUUAACUUUGACCUAAAAUUCUUCAAGUGUCGGGUGCUUGACUGUAUAGUCUAUGUGAUAUACUAUGUUUCUAACUGGGUGUCGCCUAGUUCCCGUAGCUGCUGUCUGCUGUUCCAUUUCUAUAACGUCUGUUGGCAUGGGAGAUGACUCUUCCUAAGCAGGGAGAAUACAUAGAAUAUUUUUUCCAAUUGUGUCAGUCCUGAUAAGAUCAAAGUGACGUGACGUUAUAAAGAAAAUAGCUCUUACUUAAAUUAAGUACCUUUUAAAAAAGAUUGGCUUUGUUUUCCGUUAAAUUGAGUAACGACAGAGACACUCCUAGGACAAGAUCUCCCAAAAUGGCUGACCACGAGAGAAGCUGCAAUAAGCUUGACGAAUUCGAGGUGGUGAAACACAGGAAACGAAGAGAAAGACGAAAGAUUAGGCCGGAUUUGUUGCUUGAGCAGUUGACAAUCAUGGACAGUGACGAAGUUGUUGAUAUCGAUCGCAUUAAAAGGAGGAUCCGUCAUUGCAGAGAGGAUUUGAUAGCAUCAGACUUUUUCAAGAGAAUUGUAGAUACUUUGGAGAAGGCAUUGAGAUGUCAACCAAGGUUUCCAGUCCCUGAUACUAGUAGUAGCAUUGGGCAAAAAAAAGGCUUGUCAGCAGAUGUUCCCAGAGACUUGGAUAUGCUUGUGUAUGGUCUUGGAAACUUUGCAACAUGCCACAUUGCUUCCUACCAGCUAGCUUUGAUGCUGGCUCUUAGGGAUCAAAGAAUAGUAUCUUGUGACAGGUGUGAUGUGUAUGACCCACGAUUCACAUGGUGGGAAAAGCAAAUUCUGACAGAUGAAGGCUGUUCAGUUAUACCACAUAAUGAAGAAGGGAAGCGACUUUGUAGUCGACCCACUUUGGUGUUUAUGCCUCAUUGUGGUAAGGCUCUUUUUAACAAUUUUCUGUGGGCCAACUGGAAACUAGAUGUCCUAACCAACUUGGUCAUCCUCGGAAACAGUUUUUCCAGCAUUAUUUGCAGUUUACCUCUGCAAAGAUUAAAGAGCUACAACUACAUACAGAGAAUUCAAGUAUUUAUGCUGGAAGAUCCAGUUACCAACAACUUUGUUCACAAAGACAUUUUUAAUGACAUGAGCAUUCACUGGUUUCCUUUCUCAAAACUACAGCAAGCUUCACUCAAGACAUGGCAGGAUACCCCUGAGCCAGUAUAUGAUUGUGAAGAGUUGGAAAUAAUUCUUGCCUCUUGAAAUGUAGAACAUGUACACUCCUUUCUCAUAAAGCUGAUUUUUUAAAUGUUA